AACAACAAAGACACAGCAUGUCAAAAGUAUGCAAAUAUCUCUAAGUGUCGGUUGACACAACUCAAGAGAUUGGUGCAUUUGAAGAAAUUAUUAUCAAAUUAGUUAAAAAUUAACGAAAUAUACAGACGAAAAUGAGUCAAAAUCCCCCUUGCUCUAAUAUUUGUGAUGUUGAAGACUAUGUUGUGAAUGAAGAGAAUGAAGACCUUUUGGAUGAUGAUUUCGAUGAGCACGAUGAAAGUGAUGAAGAUACUGAGGAAGCAAGUGAAACUGAUAUUCCAAAAGCCGAAGAACCAACUGAGUUAAAGGAACAGGUCUAUCAAGAUAAACUAGCUAGUCUUAAAAAACAGCUGCAACAGUUAAAAGAUGGUACCCAUUUAGAAUAUAAUCGCAGAGUGAAGCGACUAGAAAUACAGUACAAAGAGCGAAUCCGAUUAAACAUAAUUUACAGGGAUUACUUAUCUGAUGGCAUUGAUAGAGAGUAUAUUUUGGAUAAAAAAACAGCUGGUAAAGAAUUUCAAGAAAAAAAAUCGGAUUUGAAAGAAAAUUUACUAGCUGAUAUGGAAGAAAAACGUAAGUCAAUUGAAUGUGAUAGAUGUGCAAUGGAACUAACAGGGGAUGCAGCUGAGAUAAAACCUGUUAUGACAAGAAAGUUGCGUAGAAGGCCCAAUGAUCCUCUGCCUGAAAAAGUGGAAAAACGAAGAAAACCUGCUCCAGCUCAAGUAAAUUAUUUACUUGAUGAAAAAGAAAUUGAAAGUGAUCUGAAGGCUAUUAGCAGAGGAAAAGUACUUUUAGCAGUUCGCAAGCCAGUUGUGCAACAUUAUAAUUGCAGUAGUACAUUAAGUCAUUACACUUCCAUUGCAAAUGAUUUGCCUUUGGUUGAAACAAGAAUUGAAGAUGGUAAACUUCUGUAUGAACGUAGAUGGUUUCAUAGAGGGCAAUCAGUCUAUGUUGAAGGAAAAGAUCUAGGCAGAUGUUCUGGAAAUAUAUCAGCAAUAGGAACUGAAGCUAUUUGGAUAAAGAAAGUGACAGAUAAUAAUAAAUUCCGGAUAUACAUAAAUCAAUUAGCUAAAGGAAAAGUUUCCAUCAAGCGCAGAGCAUCUUGAAAAGGUUUAUACACGACUCUAUGGUCGACAUCAUUUAUAAAAAAAAAAUUUUAAAAAGUGUCAUAACGUUUCUGUGUGUGUGUAUAUGUACAUAUGCUCGUGUAAAAUAAUAACUUUAAAAAAUUAAGGCUGGUCUUCCUAAAACACUUGUGAAGCUGGCACCUGUGAGUAUUACAUGUUGUUAUUUUGCAACUAUUCAGGGUUUAAAAAAUUUCUCCAUGCAAUAUUAUCCUUCACUUGAAUUUUUAUUUUCCGAUCCAGACCUUGCAAGGUGUUUCUUCGAUGGUUAUUUUCCAAAUAAAUCAUAAUCGCGAUAUGCUCCUAUCCCAAAAGUUGUGCUACUCUCGAUAUAAACAAUAUAGUAAAAAAUGUACCGUUUUGAGCACAAUUUUUGUCCAUUUAGGCCAAAUAUCUCGGAAAACAUCACAUCUACGUGAUAAAAGAUCAUAGAACCAAAUUGUUAGUGAGAAAACUUUCUUUUAGAUAAAGAUUUUAAAUGCUAAAAAAAAAAAAAUUUCAUAGCCAAAAAUUCGAAAUUCGAAAAAAAAAAAAAAAAAAAAAAAAAAA